AUGCUUUGUUUAUACCCACAGCCGCCCUCCCUCCCUGGUCCCUCGCCUGUCCUCCCUGAUCGAGUUCAUUCAAGAAAUAUAAGGAGGUGGCAGAGAGCUGGAGAGGACUGGGUGCAGCUUCCCAGGAGUACACUUUAUAGAUGACCUGGAGACAGCAAGCACACAGGAGCCAAAGGCUAGCGCUCAUGAAAUCAUUGACAAGAUGUCCAGCGUGAGAUUUGAUCCCAAGGCAGAGGACACUGAUGUUAAUGGGUUUGCUAAAUCUGAAGUAAAAGUUCAAAUAGAUGAUGGGAAGAACGAUGCAGAGGAGCCAGCAACAUGGACCAACAAACUAAAGAAAGUGAUCGCUCCAUUUGUGAUGUCAUUUGGAUUCAGUUUGUUUGGAGUUCUGCUUAUCUUGGUGGAUUUUGUGUUUGUCAUUGUGGAUCUGUCGGUUAUGGAAAGAAGUGUUCAGACAGCAACUAUCAUAUCAGGAAUUUCCUUAGGCAUUUCCAUCUUCUUCCUCAUAGAUGUCCUGCUACACAUAUUUGUGGAAGGAUUUAAGAAGUACUUUAGUUCGAAGUUGAAUAUAUUUGAUGCUGCUAUAGUUGUCGUCACGCUGAUUGUUACCCUGAUUUACGCAUUCACAGAUUUCAGUGGAGCCACCAAUAUUCCAAGACUGGUGAACUUUUUCCGAGCUUUGAGAAUCAUCAUCUUAGUGCGAAUUUUUCGCCUGGCAUCCCAGAAGAAACAGCUGGAGAAAGUUACUCGCAGAAUGGUUUCUGAAAAUAAACGGCGUUAUCAGAAAGAUGGAUUUGACUUGGAUCUCACCUAUGUUACAGAUCGUAUUAUUGCCAUGUCAUUCCCAUCUUCUGGAAAGCAGUCAUUUUACAGGAAUCCUAUAGAGCAUGUUUCAAGAUUUUUGGACUCCAAGCAUAAAGAUCACUACAAGGUCUACAAUCUGUGCAGUGAAAAGGGAUAUGAUCCUAAAUACUUCCAUUACAAAGUGGAGCGAGUGUUCAUAGAUGAUCACAAUGUCCCAGCUCUGGAGGACAUGCUAAAGUUUACAGCCAAUGUGCGUUCCUGGAUGGCAGAAGAUCCCAAAAAUGUGAUUGCCAUUCACUGUAAAGGGGGUAAAGGCCGAACUGGAACAAUGGUUUGUACUUAUCUUGUUGACUGUGACCAGUUUGAGAGUGCAAAGGAAAGUUUGGAUUAUUUUGGUGAACGUAGGACAGAUACAUCUGUCAGCACAAAGUUUCAAGGCGUGGAAACACCCUCACAGAGUAGAUAUGUGGGUUACUAUGAAGUUCUGAAGAACAAGUACAAGUUGCAGCUCCCUCCAGAGAAAGAGUUCAGAAUCCGAAGUAUUCGAAUCCAUUCAAUCGAAGGAGUCGGAAAAAGCAAUGGAAGUGACAUGACGGUCCAGAUAAUAAUCAAAAAACAAGUGAUAUUCCAGUGUGUCUGUGAGACUCAAGAAAACUGUAAGCUGUUUUUCGAUGCUGGCAAUAAUUCUGCAGUCAUUAGCUUGGAUGGUUGUCCAGUUAUUUCCGGAGACGUGAAGAUCAGAUUUGAAUCUAGUGCUGGUCUACCUAAGGGCUAUGAUGACUGUCCAUUCUAUUUCUGGUUUAAUACUUCAUUUGUAGAAACUAACAGAUUAUAUCUAUCGAAAAAUGAACUGGAUAAUCCUCACAAAGAGAAGUCUGGAAAAAUCUACAGUGAAGACUUUGCAGUGGAACUAAAUUUUGAGUCAUGAUUCAAUGUCUGAUCUUCAGGCACAAUUCAAGUAUUUGGUCCUUACUUUGACAAGAACUGAACUGAGGAGGAUGAAAAGACCCUAAUGUGCCAUAUUUUAUACUGUAUUAAACUAUUCAUUUUAUACUGGUGUUUAUAUGUAUAUAUUAUCAUUGCUCUAAAAAAGUAGGCUUCUUGUCCUCCUUUCAGC